AUGGCGGCGACUGCGGCAAAGCGAGAGCCUCGGGAACGCCGCUGCCGCCAGCACAGCCGGAGACCUGAGCCGACCUUGGGGGCUGUCCGCGGGCCCUGCACUCUCUCGAUGAGUCGGAGAAGUCCCGUGAGUGUGUAUGUGUGUGUGGCCUUGUGCGGGCCGGCGCGGGAGGGAGCGGCGGAGGGCCCGGCGGCGGCGCAGGCUCCCGCGUCCAUUGUGUGUGACCCUCCGGGCGGCCGCCGCUCAACAAAGGCGCUUUUGUUCCGUGGGCCCGCUCGGCCCGGGCGGCGCGGCCGGCUGCGAGGGCCAGGUCCCCGCCUGGCGGGCCCCGCCGCCUGCUCCGGGCUGAGCAGUGCGGGUUCGAGUCCCCGCCGCCCGCGCCGGGCUCCGCGGGUUCGAGUCCCCCGCCAACGCGCAGGCGAGGGCGGUGGUCCAGGAGCGCUUGAGGCGGUGGAGGCUUGCCUUCCUGGCUCGCUGCCUCCCUCAAACUCUCCUGUCUCCUCCUCCCCGCCUCCUCCCCAGCCCGCCCGGGUGACUCGGCCUCAGCUGACUCCGGCUGGGCAAAGUCUCUCCGGCACGUUGCGUAGCGCUCUGCUCCUGCCCCUAAGUCCGCCCAAGUUUGUGUCUGGCGGUCCACGAGGUGCCGGGGACCGGCCUGAGACCGGGCUCCUGCCACCUUUCCGGACGUUAAGGUGUGAUCCGGAAAAAUACCCUGAUGAAAACGUUUUAUCAGAGUAAGAUGGACGGUAGCUUUGACUGUGAUUGUGGUGAGCUGGAGCCACCUGAUCACUAAGAAGAGACACCUACCUGUCA